AUGCCAUACGAAGACCCUGUGUCGGUCUGCGACAAUCCUCAGCUUCUCUUGAAGCUUAUUACAACCGAGUCCCACUUCGACCAUCAAUUGUCCCAGUUUCCUUAUGGCAUCUCGCGACUACGCCCAGGAUCUGACGCCCCUCUCUUGGAUAUCGUAGCCUCCUUCGUCGCUAACCGUCACAAUCAGUUUGUCGCAGUCUUCGCAUCAACUCGAGAGCAACAGGCCAUUGGUACCUUAGAGACCACCCUCUACCUUUUCGGCGAUACUCCUUCAACAACUCAGUCCUACCUGCAGUCCAUUUUCACCUUGCUUAGGGGAAUACAACCACCCGUCCAGGAGCAAAAGAAGAUCAUGAAUUCGAUAUCGAAGGUUGUCUAUAAUCAAACUUGGGAACGAUGGACUUACUACCUUCAAAGGGUAAUCAAUAGUCUGGAAUUUAUCGAGGAGAAAGCAACAGAACUCGGUCUCGAAUGGCAGCUUGGUGAUCCCAGCCGUGGACCGUUCUCGGAUAUAAGAGCUCUUGGUGAGGUACUCACGAUGAGCAGGGAGGAAGGGGUCGCAUUUGCAGUCCCAAUGAUUGCCAGGCUUUACCACAAAUGGAAGGCAGAGAAGCGUUUUGAGACCAAGCUAUCACGGCACUCUAGAGAGCCUCUUGGAUUGUUUCCUUAUAUUGAGUCCGCUGUAGGGAACAAACUGGGUCUCUCGAUUCCUUUCUGCCAGUGGAUCUCGAAGAUCCUUUCGGUCUACACGCACAGUGCCGCCCUGGUCCGUUUAAAGUCUUUCAAAAUCAUUCAAGGAACAGUAAACAUCGUCACUAUUCCUCCCUUGAGCCUUGUACCAAAUUCUCCUUCUCCCGUCAUCACCCUCGAUAUCGUCAAGCCCGCUGUUUUACACACUCGGAUCACUCAUGGAGGUCUUGCGACGAUGGAAUACUAUCGAUGGCACGAUCCGAUAUAUGACGACGCAGCACACCAGUUUUCCGAGUGGAGUACCGAAAAACUGCAGACGUCGGAUCGGACGGGUGUUUAUCAUCCGCACUACGAGGUCCAAGCACUCGCUUACAUUCAUGAACACGGCUUGAGGGACGUUUAUCCUUACAUCGCUUCCUCCGAUCUUCCCUGUGGAACAUGCAAGCUUCUGAUUGAGAUGUAUUAUGAUAUUCGAGGCACAGGGGCCCUACAGAUGGCUUCGAAUCUUCAGUUGAAUGACACAUGCCCGAUCCCACAGUUUGAGGGAGAGUUUGGGGAGAAAUUCCGCAAGAUGUUCUUGGGCAAUCUAGAGGGGAAAGUGGCCUGGACAGCCAUCAAGUGGAUCGGUCAGCUACCGGUCCCAAAUGGCUAUUGGAGGGAACGUAAACGGAGUUUUGCAUCACGAACUGUCGUCGAGUCCGAGUCAUUGCCACGGAAGCUCCUUGCCGCCGAAGGUGAAUCCAUGUUAAUGAGCUCUUGA